CAGUUAGAUACACAGGCACAUCGAUCUUAAACUGCCAAUUUCGAUUAUAGCCCAUGCAUUAAAUUCGGAAUUUUCCAAAAGAAGAACACUUAUUCUGGCAGUCCUAGUAUCCACCGUAUAUUUUAGAUAUGUGUUUCUUUGGCCUUGUUUCGCAGUUCCUGUUCUUCGUUUACGGCACCAUGGGACCGGCCUGGCAAACCUAUAAGACUCUGAACAGCGGAGACGAGGAGUUCCUGGCCUGGGCCAAAUACUGGAUAGUUUACGCCUUCCUGGUCACCUUCGAGGUGCUGGCGGACGUCUUCCUCUCCUGGCUGCCGCUCUACAUGCCCACCAAGUUGCUCCUGGUCGUGUGGAUCGUGCUGUCCGCUCCGGCCGCCAAUGUCUGGAUAUUCGACGCCAUCCUGCGUCCGGUGCUGGCAAAGCGGCAGGAGGAGAUCGAUCACUUCCUGCACCGGGGCAAGGAGAAGCUCCUGAUCGACGCCCUCGCUUCGAUGACACAGCUGGUGGCACAGACCCAAAUCUCUGUACUGCCUUUCGUGUCCAGCUUCUGGUCGAGAUCGAGCACUGCUCCCCUUAGGACUUCCGAUCUGUUGCAGGACUCCACUGGAGAAGGAAUUGGAGGCAGAACUUCCGAGGAUACUGACUCGGCCAACGUCUCUGUCCAAAAUCUGUCCAGUGGUUCCAGUCCCGUUGGCAGCUUAGAGCACCUCCGUGACGACUCUGAGGAGCUUCUGGUGGGCGUUUCGAAGGCCACCACGCACCUGCAGGCGGAGCAGUUCCAGAGCGACGUGUCGUCGGAAUCACCCAGGAUAAUUAAUCGCCGACCUCAGCGCAAGUUCAAGAAUGCCAUUGCUAUUGCCUCCGCCACCAAGCUGGAGGACCUCCAUGACGAUGUGGAGGAUCUGCUGGCCAAGACGGCGAUGGAGACCAGCGGCCAGGAAGUGCGUCAGCAGCGUCAACCGGCCAGCCGUCGCCGUCUUUUAGCACAAUCAUUUGUGAAACCUCAAACAGGUUUAUAGUUAUUUCAUUAAUUCAAAACAUAAAUUGGUUUUAGGCAUGGAUAGGUUUCAAGUUGUUUAAUUACUAGUGUUUUGGACUCGCAUUUUCUACUAUAGAUAGCUAUUCAACUAUGGCAUUCAGGAACGCCCUAGCUUUGCAAACUAACUCACCGAUACCGGACCUUUUGGCCAUCGCAGGAUGUUGGCCCGCAGACUCAUUUCGACGACAUCCCUCUUUACGGCGUACAAUCGGCACAGGGAAACGGUGGUGAAGUUUUCGUCCGCACUCAGGCACUCGAUGUUUGUGAACUUGGCAACUCCUUGGACCUGAAGUGA